CCAUGAAGUUCUUCAUUGUUUUGUUUGCUGUUGUGGCGGUCGUCAGCGCCGGAUACGAGCAAAUCUACCACGCGCAUUUCAUCCCCCAGCAGCCCGCCAUUCCACCGCCACAUCCGGGUCCCCUGCAUAUCAAGGGAAAUGACCAUGUCACUAGACUACAUUAUGAUGCUCCCCAUAUUGGGCAUCCACAUCUUGUCGGUAUCGAGCAUUACGCCCCCGCCCCGGAACCCGAAAUCUCCAUCAUAAAGAAACACGGCUGGGCUUAAGAAUCCCGUAUGACGAUGCCUCUUGAUUAAACCCAUUGGUCCAGAGUGGUCUAUCUAUACUGAAAUGGCAUUCAUUCCCGAAUCUUAUUGAUCAUAAUAAUGACAGCAGACAACUUCGUCGACGACAUAGUUGAUUUUUCGCGAAUCCAAAUAACUUCAAUUGAAGACGAUCGUCAAAAUCAGCAUCUCCGAGGAAUUUUCAGACCCUUAGGAGAGACAAAAAAUCGUGGACCACUCACGGAUCGCAGACCAGGCAGCCAAACUUAAGAAUAAAACAAAUUCGUCUUGAUUUUACCCUUAGAACUACAUAUGACACGCCUUACACAAAUAUACAUGAACACGAA